UCUGGCUUCUUGUAUAAAUAAGUAUAGCUUUCACACAGCUUUUGUAUAUGUGUGGUGACAUGUGCUUUAAGAGAUAAUGGUAACAUGCUAAUAGCAGGGAGGAGAUUAUUUCUCGUAGUGAAGAGAGGGAGGGAGAGAUGAGUGCACUUUCAAGUGUAUAACGUGUAAAGCUUUCCCAUGCAGCAGGGAAGAAAGACGGAAAGGGGAAAAUGGUUUUAUUUUUCAGUCUCUGAGCUCUUGCUGGCUGUGACAUGUCUUGGAACUACUGAAAUGUGAGAGAAGCUGUUGAAAAGUCUUAGCGCCGAAGAGGAAAUCCUCUCCGUUCAUAAGGUGUGCUACAUGAAGGGACUUCACUCAAAAUAAGAUGUAACUCCUGGGACAAUCUCACCAGAGCCGUUGGAACUGAAAUUGCCGGGUGUAUUUAAAUUGAUGACCUCUGCUACUGAAAUCUGCUUCAGCACCAUGACAACCGAAAUAGCAGAAGUUGGGGAAUUGUCUUUGGAGUCUUUGGUGACUUGUAAACUGUGCUUAUCUGAAUAUUCACUGGAUAAGAUGACCGCUCUUCAGGGUUGCAAUUGCAUCUUUUGUACCUCAUGUCUAAAACAAUACAUGCAAUUUGCCAUCCGUGAAGGGUGUGGUUCUCCCAUCACUUGUCCAGAUAUGGUCUGCUUAGGCCAUGGGAUGCUGCAAGAAACAGAGAUAGCCAGCUUGGUGUCUGCAGACCAAUUUCAGUUGUACAAGCAGUUGAAAUUUGAAAGAGAAGUGCAUUUGGAUCCACUGAGGACCUGGUGUCCGUCUGCUAAUUGUCAGACCGUGUGCCAAAUUGAACCAAGCGACUCUGGAUUACCGGUGCCUAUAAAAUGUCAGACGUGUUACUUGACAUUCUGUUCAUCAUGCAAAGAACCUUGGCAUGUGGAGGGAUCAUGCUCAGAAAGCCAUUUGGUGGGGAGUGCAAAUGAGCAAGGAACGCUUAUUAAAAACAACUCAGAAGCUCCAAUUAAACAGUGUCCAGUCUGUCGGAUCUAUAUUGAGCGGAACGAAGGCUGCGCUCAAAUGAUGUGCAAAAAUUGCAAGCACACAUUUUGCUGGUACUGCCUACAAAAUUUGGAUAACGACAUCUUCUUAAGGCAUUAUGACAAAGGUCCCUGUCGAAAUAAACUGGGCCAUUCACGAGCCUCAGUUAUGUGGAACAGAACACAGGUUGUUGGCAUCCUAGUGGGCCUGGGAAUCGUCGUUUUGGUCACAUCUCCGUUGCUGCUCUUAGCUUCGCCCUGCAUCAUUUGUUGCGUCUGCAAAUCCUGCCAAAGCAAGAAAAAGAAACACAGCCCACCACCAACAUAAAAUAUUCUGCCUAUUUUGGAUGUGGAUGUCCGUCGUGUUUGUCAGGGAGAAGACUUAAUGGUUGACGUCUUGCACUCGGCUUUACCAACCAAUCCUCCUUUGUUCUGCCAACUUCUGUAAAAAGUGCCUACUGGUUCACAGGCUGCCACUUUAUUUGCAAGCUGCAGCUCAGCUGGGGUGGGGUGGGGCUAUUUGUUAUGAUCUGGGUUAACUCUGCUUUUUCCUUUUUUUCUUUGAAUGGAGCCGGACUUGUAAAGGUAUUUUAAGGUGUUUCAAAAUGACUGCUUUGUUGAAAUUGGCAGAUGAAACUGCAGCCGUUCACAAGAAUUCUGAAUGACCAUUGAUUUUCAGAGCACCUUGAUACUAUAUUUCCUGAAGCAGUUAUACAGUUUGAGUAAGAAAAUGAAAUGGAUAAUUCAGCACUUUUAAAAGAAAAUGUGGGUUACUUUAAAUUUUAGAUUUCUGGCGCAGACUUAGUGGCAGUUGAAAAAAAACAACUCCCAACUCUUUUAGUAACUUUUAGUACAACUUUUUAUUUUUAAAAAAAGAUCUAUCACUGAAAAGGGGGAAGCCAUAAAACUCAAGCGUUGAACAUUAUUGAUAGAUCAUCUUGCCAAUUUACACUUUUUUUCAAAGGCAAGUCAGGUCAAAUAAUUUAUUUACAAUAAGUUCUACUUUGCAACAGCACCAAAACCAAUAAUACAAGUCUGGCCUUACAUUGUGAGCCUAAAAUGCUGAGCAGAUCACCCUAUUUGUAUUAUUAAUAUGGCCUAUACAUUAAUUGCUUCCAAGCAGUUGAUAAAUCCUGAGUGCUAGUUGAGAUGCUAGCUUUGGUCCAGAAGUCGGAAGGGUGGCAUAACCAACCUGAAUGUGACAUAACUGGGCCUUUAUUUAUUUUUCUCUAGAUUUCAUUAUUACUGUCUUAUUCCUCAUGGUUGAAGUUUAGCAGAGGAGUGAAAAUGAUAUUGAGCCACAAAGACUUUGAUCAUCAACUAGAAGAACUGAACUUGUCAAAAGGUUUGCCUUUGUAGACAUACUGUUCAGUAAAGAAUAGUAACUACUUAAAAAAC